AUGUGGCGCUCCAGUGGCUGCUAUCUCCGACGGAUGUGGGACACUUCUUCUCUGAUGUCUGGGGCUGCUGUCGCAGGCCGAGAUCGAGGCCACGGUCGCAAGGCGCAGCUGAGAUCACCGGGCCUGGUCUUCGGUCAGGACAUCAACGUCGCAAGGUGCGCGGAAGACGGCAGCCAGAUUAUGUGCAAUGGUCAGGGCAGGGCGGAUCCAAAGAAGAUCGCCCGCCAGGUGGCGGACGGGUGCUCCGUCCAGGUGGUCCAUCCACAGCGCUUCGCCGCGCCCGUGGCCGAGCUGCUCAAGCGCCUCGAGGCCCACUUCGGCUGCCUUUGGGGGGCCAACAGUUUCCGGACGCCUCCGGGAAGCAUGGGCUUCAAGGCACAUCACGAUGAGGUCGAGGUCUUCAUGCUGCAGUUGGAGGGCGCCAAGCGCUGGCGCCUGCACCGCUGCCCCAGCGGCCCGCUGCCCCGCAGCUACUGCUGGGACUACAAGGAGGAGGAGCUAGGCCCUCCCCUCAUGGAGCUGACAUUGGAAGCUGGCGACUUGCUGUAUCUCCCCCGAGGCACUGUGCACAAGGGGAUCGCGGUGGAGGGCCGCCCUUCGCAUCACCUCACCAUCUCUACCUACCAGAGGUUUUGCUGGGCCGACUUCUUGGAGAAGGCGCUGCCGGCUGCCUUAGAAGCAGCGGUGGCUGCGGAGUCUCGCUACCGCCGCGGACUUCCCUUGCGAUGCCUGGGGACUCUGGGGUGCCAGUAUCGUCCUCUCGGCAGCGCUUGCGGGAAUACGGAGCGACAGGCGUGCAUCUCGGAGCUCCGAGGGCUGUUGGCGGGCCUUGCGGACCACGCGGCAGCGGCUGCGGAUGUCGCUGGAGAUUUCCUGGCAGCGCAGUUCGUGGGCCGACGGCUUCCGCCGCCGUCCGGUCAGAAGGGCCCGGACCCGGCCUCCGGUGGAGCCCUGGAGGCGCGCUGGGCGGAGCCCGCCGCGGUGCGCGUCGUGGUCGAGCGCUCUCCUGGCCAGGAGCCUGAGGUGCAAAUCUACCACGCUUUGGAGAAUUCCACGGACAAGCACAUGAUGCCUGGGGUUGAGCCGUCUCCGGCCUGCAUCGUGCUCGAGGGCCAGCAGUGCCUUCCCAGUCUGCAGGCACUGAACACCGCGCCUUCCGGUUCCUGGGUCCCUGGCCCGGAGCUUGACCCGGAGCUCUUACAAGGACUCUGGGAGCACGGCCUGUUGGAGACGCGGCUGGCCGAGCCAUGGCCAAUGGCCAGGAAACGCAAGGCCGUCAAUGUCGUGGGCCGGCCUGGGCACCGCCUCUUCCUCCUGCGUCGAGCAAAAAAGUUGCGCCGCAGCAGCAUUCACUGCGAGGGCCUCGAUGCGCCGACGCUGCGCGAGGCAGAGGCCUUCCUUCUCAACUACAAGCUGGCCUCAACCUGGCUCCAUCGGGUGCGGCUUCGUGAAAAGCUCAGCGCAGGCGGCGUGGUGCGGCUCCGGGGUGCCCUGCCUGACAGCGUUGCCCGGCUCGCGCUGCGGACGCUGGAGGAGCUCCCAAAUGCAUCCUGGAACCUGACGCAAGCGGGCCGCGACGCAGCCAGGAACAAUGUGGCCCACCGCUUCUCCUCACGCCGCUUCGGCUCGGAGACACUCGACCGCCUCUUCCGAGUGCUCGGGGAGCUACUACCAGGCGAGCUGAACUCCUUCUCCGCAGGGCGCUAUCUCCAAGGGGACCACAUCGAGCGACACGACGAUCGUCAGUACACCGACGUGCGCAUGGAUGAUGGAUCCACGGUGCUUUGCUCGCGAACGGUGGCGGUCAUUUGGUACCUGACACCCGACUGGCAAAAGGAGUGGGGUGGAGCUUUCCAAGACCUGGAGACCGGAGAGGAGAUUCUCCCAGAGUUCAACACCAUUGUGGCAUUCAACGUCCCGCGCUUCCACGCUGUCCAGCCUGUGACCGGGAGAACACCUCGAUACUCGAUCUUCGGCUGGUUCCUGCGGCCAGGCAAGCUCUACAGCCUGGAGAGCGGCUGUUGA